AUGUUGUUGCUUGAGCAGCCAAGGCACCAUGUGGUCACUGCUUCCCGUGUGGUUGUCUUUGGCGAUGUCUUCACAGAGCUUUGCGGGCUGAUUCGCGGAGGACUUUCGAUGCGGGCUUACGUGGGAACAGACGUUCAAAGUGACUUCCAAGCUGCGCAGAAGCUAUCGCCUGCUUAUGCGCAGAAGAAAUGGCAUGAACACGGAUCCAACAUUUGUGGAUUUGUUGCUGCAUUGCUCUCUUCAGCCUGGACUGCAGCACGUGGCUUUUCCUUCCACGAGUCGUUGUCAAACAACAUUUGUGCUUUUUACUUCCUGGCGCUGAAUCUGAUGCUGGCGAUGCGAAAGCAUGGGCCAAAGCUGUGGGAGGCUCACUACUUGCCAAAGACCACUUUGAGGUGCUGCAUGAACUUGUGCUUACACACCAUCAUCGCAGCAAUGAACUGGCCUACAGGCCUGCGGUGGGAUCCGAGAAGCCGUGGCGAAGCAAGUGCAGAGCAGUACUUCGGUCAGAUCAAAUCCCAUUGCCGCGGCAAAGCAAGCAUCAAGGAUGGAUUGAUGGGGUGUCAGCUGCUUCACUCCCGCAACUUGAAGCAUUGCGAUGCUCUGCCCAGCUCCGCACAGGGUGAAUGCGUUCAGGCAGUGAGCCUUGCUGACAUGCAAAGGAUUUGCCAUCAGAACGAGCAUGCUGACAACCUCCAGAAGGAUUUCCAAGCUUGGUGGGCCGGAGAAGGCUGUGAAGAGUUGUUUGGAGAGACACCGCCUGACCAGGACCAAGAGGAUUUCUGGGACUUUUCUGGCGAUUUUGUGGAGGAGGAGACAGAUCCAGCAGCACUAGCCACAGGAGCUUUGGAUGAGAUGUGUCCUGUUGCACCCCUGUCUUCUCAUGAUGUCAUUGUGAAGGUGGAGGACCGCAGCAAUGUUGCAGAGCAGAUCAACAAGCUGGUCGAUCCAGAACUUGUGGCCGAUGAAGUUGUGUCUGCAGUGGCCACUGACCCUGACCCUGAUGGCCCAUCAUCUAUACACUAUCCUACCACUGUCCUGUCAUUGGUAUCCUGCCUGAAAGAUCGCGAAUGCUUCACUAGUGCUGCUGGGAACGCCACUGCUUGCUUAGCCCGACUGGAGAAAUUGUCUGAGUACAUGAAGAAGCUCACUGCCCAUGCUCGAGUGAACGAAGGAAUCUUGACUCCGACCAAGCUAGGAGCUCCAACUCGAAAACUCGGUGCUUACCAACAACUGCUGCACGAGAUUCACAUGGCCAGGCAGAUGUCCCUGUUUGGUGGGGCCAGGACAGGCCGACUGGAGGCAUGGUUUAAUGCCCAAGCUGCUGUGAAGGAGAGAAGCUUAGUGCCUGGCAAGGAUAAAGUGGAUGAUGAUUUUCCUAGUGUCGUCGACCAGUUUCGCCCUCUCUGUACACAGCCUCUGCAGGUGGUCCUUCUCAAGGCCAUGCAAGGAGGUCUGGUAACCACCUACCAGCUUGGCCUGGUGCUGUCAGUCUUCCGUGCUUCAGUGUCCAGAGAUGUAGCUGGCACCCGCAGACUUCGUGCUAGCAAAGCAGUCCCAGGAGCUGUGUCUGUGCAGGGCGUGGCCAAGUUGCAUGUCGCGAUCCUACAAAAUUUGGACAGUUGCCGGGUGUGGUGCGUGACAUCCCUCAGCCCAGUCAGUCAGGUGGAGCCUGUGGACGCUGUGUUUGGAGAGGUCCCACCUGAUGAUGUGCAAGAAGGCCACCAGAAGCUGUUCAUCCAGUUCAAUGAAAACAAAGCUGCGGUGCUGACCAAGUGGCUGAGUGGCGAUUUGGAAGAGAUGACUGCAGGAGAGCCGGAGAAGGAGGCAAAGACAUUUUCCUUUUCUUGUCACAGCUUCCCGAAGAGCAUGACAGGAUACACGUGCAUCAAGCAAUUCUUGCUUCGCCUUCCAAAGGAAUGGGAGCUGUUUGGCGAAAAAAAAUUGGAUGGACAAGGGUGCAUCCAUGUUGGCAAAGGCAAGGCGAAACGAAUCCUCCAAUGGGUUGACCUGUGUGAGCGAUCUCGCUGUUAUUUUGAUGCUCGCGCAGAGGCUACUGCGACAACUGCUCAGCGGUUUUCUCGCAUGGUGUUCACCGAGCUACGCAGGCUGCUUCCUGGACCAGAUGCUCCACAGCAACGUGUGAAGGCCUUUGCGGCAGAAGUUGACAGCGUAGCAGAGUCCAAAGGGUUGUCAGACACUGUCACUUACAUGGCCUUUUUGGGCUCGUGUCGCAAUCUGAAGUCGAAACUUCAUGCAAAAGCGGCUUUCAACAAGCUGAAGAAGCACGCGGACAAGCCGGCUUUGGCCAGCGCAUAUGUUCUUAUGUCAGAGCUCUACGAGCGUCUUGGGCAAGGGGAAAAAGCCCGUGACUUAGAGGCGGAACGCCUCAGUCUUGGCCUGGUGAAACAACGAGGGGAAUCUUACUUGCACUUGGCAGGUGGUGGCUCCCGAACCUUUGUGGUCGGUGCUGAAAGCCCUGAGGAGAGUCGCAUCAUCGAUGACUUCAACGCCAAAAUCAGGGCAGGUGGUUACAGGCCUGAUCUUUCUUCGGCAUCUGCCCGUCAUGAUACUGAUGAAGCAAAAGAACGAUCGCUCUCUGGUCAUUCUGAAAAGAAAGCCGUCGCUGUGGCCUUGAGCAUGACGAGUCAGACGAGUCAGAAUGAACCCAUCAGUAUCACCAAGAACCUCCGAGUUUGCAACGACUGCCAUGCUGCGAUGGCUGUGGCCUCCAAAGUGUUUUGCAAAGAAAUCCAUUUACGCGACAGGUCACGUUGGCACAUUUUCAAGGAUGGUGUUUGCAGUUGUUCUGAUUGUUGGUGA